GGUUACAUUCUAAACCACAUUUAAUUUCCUACCAAAAUCACAAGGCAAAGCAAAGCAACAAAAGCCAUCACAAUUCAGAGAGAAAAUUUCACUUUUGUGUGGUUUAUUUACAAACUUGAUAGCUUUCACUACUUGUAUUUGAUAAUUUCAGCUUUCGGCUUGUAGCUUUUAGCUUCUAGCUCAUGGUGUCCGUGAAUCCAAACCCACCUCAAGGUUUCUACUUAUUCGAUCCCAUGAAUAUGGGUCUUCCGGGUCUCAGUUCUAUGCCGCCACCGCCGCCGCCGACGACUGGUGUUGCUUCAGCUACGGCGGCGACCAGUACGACUGCUGCCUGCACGCCGUCGUCCGCGACCGCAAACGCCGCGUCGAUGUCGGCGGAUGAUCAGAGCAAGAAAAUCCGGAAACCGUAUACGAUUACCAAGUCGAGAGAAAGCUGGACGGACCAGGAGCACGACAAGUUUCUCGAAGCUCUUCAGCUAUUUGAUCGUGAUUGGAAGAAGAUUGAAUCAUUUGUUGGCUCAAAAACAGUUAUCCAGAUCCGCAGUCAUGCACAGAAGUACUUUUUGAAGGUUCAGAAGAAAGGGACAAGCGAACAUGUACCUCCACCUAGGCCAAAGAGGAAAGCAACUCACCCAUACCCUCAAAAAGCUCCAAAAAGUGCUGCAGUUGUAUCUCAAAUAGCUGGGCCGUUUCAAUCUUCAUCUGAUUUGCUUGAACAUGGAUAUGUUUACCAGCCAGAUUCCUCAUUUGUGCUUGGAACUCCAGUUAAUGCUGCAACGUUAUCUCCUUGGAGUUGUAAUUCUGUGCCACCAGUCAACAUGUCACAAACUAAAGACGAAGGAAGGUUAUCUGGGCCAACUGUUACACAUAACUCUUGCUACAGUAGUAGCAACGAAAGCAACCCGAUAAAUUGCAAAAUGCGUGAGACAGUUGAUGGAGUAGGUCCUGGCCAGCCACAAAGAGUUUUGCCAGAUUUUGCUCAGGUGUAUAAAUUUAUCGGAAGUGUGUUCGACCCCAGUACAACUAAUCAUAUGGAGAGGCUGAGACAAUUGGAUCCCAUAAAUUUGGAAACAGCAUUUUUGCUGAUGCGGAACCUCUCCAUUAAUUUGACAAGGCCUGAGUUUGAGGACCAUAGAAAGGUAAUUGAAUCGCAUGGCGCCAGCUCAGUCAAAACUAAAUCCAAUGGCAAUUUCAACUUGUCUCGCAUUGUCAAAUCAGCGAAUCCCAUCCUAUCUUCUUGAGAGAUGAAGGGCAGAGUGUUGAACGACCAAGUUCGCUAACAGUUAAUAGCGCAGAGUGGCUUUGUAUAUAUGUAGAAUACACGGUUUUGAAUACAUGUAGCUUGUGAGUGGACCAAACCCAGUUUUGUGUGCAGACCAUACUUGUAAUUUCGUCAUGAAGGAAUGUGGAAUGAUACAGCCAACUCCAAUGUUUGUUCCGGAGGCCGUCUUGUAUAGUGUUUCGAGGAUGUUAUCGUUGAUUGUGGACUCUAUUUCGUUGCAA